AUGCCCAUACCCCUCGUUUCUGCGCCCAAGAUUGCAGCAAGUGAGAUGUUUGCUGAUUUUUCUGCCCUGCUACCCACCGGUCUCGAUGACGUUAACUGGGACGAUUGGAUCCUGUUUGACUCUUCGCCAGUUGAUGGUUCCCCCCCAUCACUCCAACUACCGGAUUUCUCCGACGACCCCAUCGAGGCUCACUCAAGCCCGAAUGAUGUUGCCAAUGACCCACCAAAUCAACGGGAGUCAACUCCUCCCCUGGUCCCCGACUAUCGCGAAGGUAACACAUCGGAGUUGUUGAAUUACUCCGAUGUCAUCGAGGCUGACCCACACCCGGGCAAGGAACACGUCCACGCCCACCGAACGGAGCAAGUUACGCUAGAUAAGCAGGAAUACAUCCUCUUGCCUCUUUCUCAGGUGACUAUCCUGAAACUGGUGCGUAAGGGAGACGGGGAUGAGAUGUACCAGAUAGUAGGACGGAUAGAAGAAGCACAGGGAUAUGACACACAAGGAAAAUCGUGGAAGUACUCGGGUUCUGCUGAAGACCCAAUCAUAAUUGAUGAGCCAAUGAGUGCCACUGACGUGCCUUGCCGUUCUGAUCAAUUUGUCGCCAUUCCAAACCUCCGACGAACUGUAAAGAGGGUUUUCGGGGGCUUUGAAGUGCAUGCAAGGAUGACAUUGGAUGAUAUGCAGGAAUAUGGAGGUUUGGAGCUGCUGGCAGAUUUCUGGGCAAAGGAUCGUCCUCAAAGGAGGUCACGUGGAUUAGGUCAAUGCUGA